GGGAACCAGAGUGGAUGAGUGCCCCCCGGCCCAGCUCUUCAGCACCUGUUGCCUUCACUAGCAGCUUUCCCCCCUCUUCCGUACACUCCUCAGAACCAAAGAAUGUGAAGGGGGUCCAUGGAGGGCUCACGUCCCCGCGCCCCGGUCGGCCACCUAGCGCCGUCGCCCCCGGCUUUCGACGGCGAACUGGAUCUGCAGCGCUACUCCAACGGGCCAGGCGUGAGCGCUGGGUCUCCAGGGAUGGGAGCAGUGGGUUGGUCUGAGAGUCGCGCAGGCGAACGGCGCUUCCCCUGCCCUGUAUGCGGGAAGCGCUUCCGCUUCAACUCUAUCCUGGCUUUGCACCUGCGGGCGCACCCAGGCGCCCAGGCCUUCCAGUGCCCGCACUGUGGCCACCGUGCUGCGCAGCGUGCGCUGCUGCGCUCACACCUGCGCACGCACCAGCCCGAGCGCCCGCGAAGCCCCGCAGCGCGCCUGUUGCUGGAGUUGGAGGAGCGCGCUCUACUGCGGGAGGCCCGGCUGGGGCGACCUCGAAGCUCAGGGGGCCUGCAGGCCACCCCUGCCACCGAGGGCCUGGCGCGACCCCAGGCUCCUUCGUCGUCCGCCUUCCGUUGCCCCUUCUGCAAAGGCAAAUUUCGCACCGCGGCAGAGCGCGAACGCCACCUGCACAUUCUGCACAGGCCCUGGAAGUGCGGCCUGUGCAGUUUCGGCUCCAGCCAGGAGGAGGAGCUGCUGCACCACAGCCUGACGGCCCACGGGGCUCCCGAGCGCCCCCUGGCGGCCACCUCGGCUGCGCCCCAGCCUCAACCUCCACCCCAGCCUGAACCUAGAUCGGUCCCCGAGCCAGAGCCGGAGCCUGAAAGUGAGGCAACCCCCGCCCCCGCUCCUGCUGCUCCCGAGGAGCCCCCAGCGCCUCCGGAGUUCCGCUGUCAAGUGUGUGGCCAGAGCUUUACGCAGUCCUGGUUUCUCAAGGGUCACAUGCGCAAGCACAAGGCCUCCUUCGAUCAUGCAUGUCCUGUUUGUGGCCGCUGCUUCAAGGAGCCCUGGUUCCUAAAGAACCACAUGAAAGUGCACGCCAGCAAGCUGGGCCCACUGCGUGCUCCGGGGCCUGGUUCCGGGCCUGCCCGGGCCCCCCAGCCUCCUGACCUGGGCCUACUUGCCUACGAGCCUCUGGGCCCUGCGCUCCUCUUGGCCCCAGCGCCCACCCCCGCUGAGCGCCGUGAGCCUCCGAGCCUCCUGGGCUACCUGAGCCUGCGAGCCGGCGAGGCGCGGCCCAAUGGUGAGGGCGCUGAGCCUGGGGCUGGCCGCAGCUUUGGAAGCUUCCGCCCACUGCCCUCUGCUCUCCCAGCCCGGGCUCGCCGGCACCGCGCCGAGGAGCCAGACGAGGAAGAGGAGGUGGUGGAGGCAGAGGAAGAGACCUGGGCCCGGAGCAGGGCGGUGGGCCCUCUGGCUUCACUGCCCCCGCGCCCAGGUGAGGCCUCAGGGCACUCUGCGCCUGCCGCGGGGGCCCAGGCGAGGUCCACCGCCACGCAGGAAGAGAAUGGGCUGUUAGUUGGAGGGGCCCGGCCUGAAGGGGGCCGGGGGGCCACCGGCAAGGAUUGCCCCUUUUGUGGAAAAUCUUUCCGCUCAGCGCAUCACCUCAAAGUGCACCUGCGAGUGCACACAGGCGAGCGCCCCUACAAGUGUCCACACUGCGACUACGCGGGCACCCAGUCCGGCUCGCUCAAGUAUCACCUGCAGCGCCACCACCGGGAGCAGAAGAGUGGAGCCGGCCCCGGGCCACCCCCAGAGCCGCCGCCCCCUUCCCAGCGGGGUUCGGUCCAGUCGUCCGGAGCCAAGGCGGCUCCGCAGCCUGCGACCUGGGUAGAGGGCAGAGCGAGCCCCCGGCCUCCCGCGAGUGGCGGCGCGCCGGGGUCCCGUCGGAAGCCCGCUAGCCCCGGGAGGACCCUGCGCAACGGGCGAGGCGGUGAGGCCGAGCCCCUGGACCUGUCCCUGCGGGCGGGGCCGGGAGGCGAGGCUGGGCCAGGGGGUGCCCUCCACCGAUGCCUCUUCUGUCCCUUUGCCACUGGAGCCCCCGAGCUCAUGGCCUUGCACCUCCAAGUGCACCACAGCCGCAGGGCUCGGGGCCGCAGGCCGCCCCAGGCCGAUGCAUCCCCGCCCUAUGCCCGAGCACCGUCAGGAGAGACCCCUCCCACUCCUCCGCAGGAAGGGGAGGAGGGCCCCGGGCUGUUGAGAUCCGGAGAGGCUGGGCUAGGGGGCCAAGAAAGGUAGGGAGCCCUCUUAGGGGGCCGUUAGCUUAGUUUACCCCGCCGGAGCGGGGCAGCGGUAGAGGUAGUUGGGUAGAGCAGCCAGCAGGGGGCAGCGUGGGACCCAUAUCCCAGCCCCGGGCGGACCAGAGGUGGAGGGGCAGAGAGCGUGAGGAGGGUGGGCGGGCGACACCCACCCAGCCCAGGGGAGAGUCACAGUGCCUUAGCAGUGGCAGGGGUGAGGAUCAAAGAACGGGGUCCCAGGGCUGGCAGAGAGGACUGUUCCUGCUGAGGGGCAGCUCUGCCAGCCUUUGCUGGUCCAUAGGCGUGAGAGUUUAUUUUUGUACAAUGGGUGGGGGUGGGGGGCACUGCACCCUUCUAGCCCCUUCAGGGGCCCUGUAGACGUUGCUAUUUUUGGUACGAUUCCUGUCAUCCCUGUCGCAGAGUUGUGUCCCCAAUAAACAGGUGUCUUGAGACACAGGGCACUGUGUCUGCCUGCCUAUGUCCUGUCCUUGGGCCACUGCAUCCAGAAAAGAGUCCUUUCUUCAGGCACUUUUUACCACCCAAAGAGCUUGUUAACGAUCGGGUGAGCGGAAGUGCUCAAGUUAGUGGUAUCACUCCAACCCUGAGGUCUGCUCUAGCUGUUUGGAGACAAAGUGGACCAUCCCUAACUCAGAAAGCAUAUGUGCUCUUAAUGGGAACGGUCCUCCUCCCUUCUGGUCUGGAAUGCACCGUGAAUCUCCUGUGUGAAUGAGAACCCCGUGCAGCAGGCCAGUGACAAGGACUUCUGUCACCUUGACGCCCUGACCUGAUGUUUGAUUACAGGCCAAAGCCUCUUCGACAUGAUACAGAUUCUGAACCUGGGUU